AUGGCCAUGUUCAGUCAGAACCCGGUCCUGAACGGACCUAGCUAUUCGUUCUCGGAUGCACCUGCUCAAGAUCACGUCGAUGGCUUCAGAGAACACCGUUUCAACCCAUACUCUGACAACGGUGGCUCAACACUCGCUAUUGCCGGCAAAGACUUCACCAUCAUGGCGGGCGACACCCGUAUGACCUCGGGCUACAGCAUUCUCACACGUUUCGCACCCAAGGUCUACAAGAUUGGCGGUUCCAACUCCUCACAAGACGACGCCAACAUCCUGCUAUCCGUGGUCGGUUUCGCAGCCGAUGGCGAAGCACUCCAGGAGCGCCUCGACACCAUCUGCAAGAUGUACCGAUACCGCCACAACAAGCCCAUGUCCGUCGCAGCCUGCGCCAAGCGCCUCAGCACCAUCAUGUACCAGCGCCGGUUCUUCCCCUACUACGUCUAUGCAAUCUUGGGUGGUCUGGACGAGAACGGUCAGGGUGCAGUCUACAGCUACGACCCGGUUGGCAGCUACGAGAGGGAGCAAUGCAGAGCUGGUGGUGCUGCUGCAAGCUUGAUCAUGCCGUUCCUCGACAACCAGGUCAACUUCAAGAACCAGUACAUUCCUGGAAGCGGUGUCGGCCACGCCCUGCAGGAGCGCGAGAGGAAGCCCCUGCUGAGAGAGGAGGUUGAGGUUUUGGUGAAGGAUGCAUUCGACUCGGCCGUGGAGAGACACAUUGAGGUUGGUGAUGGAUUGCAAAUGGUCAUUAUUACAAAAGACGGUAUCGAGGAGAAGAUCCUGCCGCUGAAGAGAGAUUAG